GUAAAGAAACUAAGUACAAUGCACAAUAAUGUACGAAUAAUGAACUCUUCAUUCAGGCACGCGAAAGUCCAAGCCAAACCAAGAACGCAGCACAAGCAACAAACCGAGAACCAUAAGAAACCCGUAAAUGGACGCCAAGGCAUGAACUAUUCGUCCGUCUCCUUCUCAGACUUCUUCUUGAUCACGCUCACUGGAGACAAAUCAUUAGCCCUCGUUCAACAGAAAAUCCACAAAAACAAACGUACCAUCACGAGAAAUCUGACCGGUCGUCAACCAACCAUCUGGGAACACGGAGACAAUCUACAAACGCAAUACAACCUUCCGAGCACCUUGAUCGCUCACAACAGCAUUCGAGCCCUCCAAAAUGCUGAAAAAAUGACAUUAAUACCAACGCUGACACCAAGAAACACAUUGACACUCACUUCUUCUCAUUCUCGAUCCGGCACAUCUCAUUACUCAAGCACACCAAAUCCCAUAUCCGCUCCUUCAUCCGGUCUGUUAACUUAUAUCUCUUCGCCGGCGGAUGCAACGCUGCACCUGCUAAGGUCGGUGUCACUUGCGCCGAAGGUGCCGGUGUACCUUCGGUUGAGGGGGGAGGAUGGAACGAUGAGCACAUUGCGAAUAGAAAAACAAAAAAUAAACUUACCCCACGCGACGACGCUCUUCUCCCACUCCUCCUUUGCUUUCGGAAAUCCUUCUUCUGCCAUGACACGAAGUUCUUCUAGCAUCGCAUUCUGGCGUUGUUGAAGGAGGCUGACAUGUUCUUUCCAGAUCGUCCGCUUAAUAAGUUUCUAUAUAUCACAUUUAGUACGGGUGUAAUCUGCAUUGACUCAAAUAACUCACAGUCAUGGUGUACUUGUUAUAUGGGAAAAUUUUGGGCAUGACGUUGAAGAAGUUAUCAUCAUACUCGU